GUUGUAAAUAUGUUUGUGUGUUUUCUUUUUAAAUUAAAAAAUAAUUAUUUAUAUCACACACAUGAAAAAACGAUUCCAUUAAUAUGUCUCAUGAUUACGAAAGUAUUGAAAAGUAUCAAAUGUGCUAUGUUACAAUGUGUAGAUAAAGCGUAUGUCGUGUAGUUGUCUUACGUGUAGCUUAUGACACCUCUACUGAUCGCAUUCCAUUAUUUAAGUACAGCUGAAUUUUGCCGUGAUGACGUCAAACAAUGCGAUGCGCAUAAUACGAGACGCGAUAAUUGCUUCAGUGCUAUACUCCUAUGUUUGUACAGCUACACUCUACCCAACUGUUUGUAAGUAGUAUGUUACAGUAUAGUUCUCUAAUAAUAUUUUAUAUUACCUCUUGAUGUUGCGAUUUGUAUUUUUUUUAAGGAUGUUAUUUAGGAUAUCGAUUGAAAGAGAACAACUCUAUACAUAAUAAAUGUAUUAUAUCUAGAACAAUUACGGAAAUAAUUAUACGAGUAAAACACUUAAUGAAUGUUAUUUAUAUAUCUAGACUCAUUUAAAGGAUGGCGAUACAAUAUCAUCUAAAACAAAUUACAUCGGUGGCUUUAAUAGAGAUGUGUGUCAUUAAGGUAAUAGCCAUACAAUCACAUUAGGCUUGUCAGUCUAUUUAACGUUUCGCACAUUUGUGUCUUUGAUACAAGUUAGGUAUGUUAACGUAAAGGUGCAUUUUUAAAAAUUGCUUGGUGCCAUUUUUUGGGCGCAAAUUAUCUGUUUUGUACCUUCCGCAAAUCAGAAGAUACUGUCAUUGCGAUGCCAUUCUGAUUUGUGGUUUACGUAACGUCAUUUUUGCGCCACGGCGCCAUUUUAUGUGUCAGAUUCUAACUUUUGGCGCCCCUCUGUCUCUUUGUACUGGAUCACUCAAUGAUAAGUCAAACUUACAUUUAAACACAUUUUACAACAAGGUCAAGACUUUCUAAUUUCAUAACAAAAACUAGGUUAUCAUAUAACUUAGACUUUAUUAAAUAAGAUCUAUAACACUGAUACAUAAUUAUUAUUUUUAAACAAUGACGUAUUUAGAAAAAAAUACCUUACAAUUUUAAUGGGAAAUGUUUCUUCACUGCUAAAUUCUUUUAGUACAUCUGGAUCAGUUGUAAAUUCUUUUAGUACAUCUGGAUCAGUUGUAAAUUAUGUUAGUACAUCUGGAUCAGUUGUAAAUUCUUUUAGUACAUCUAUAUCAGUUGUAAAUUCUUUUAGAACAUCUGGAUCAGUUGUAAAUUCUUUUAGUACAUCUAUAUCAGUUGUAAAUUAUUUUAGAACAUCUGGAUCAGUUGUAAAUUCUUUUAGUACAUCUGGAUCAGUUGUGCGGGAAAACCGUAACUGUUAACGGUGACGUCAGACUUGCAAUCUCAGAGAAAACGUACCUGCCCAGUAACACAUUUUGCGCCCUGACGCUCAAGCCAGACAAAGGGACGGCACUUGUGGCUAACUUCCGCAAGUUCAGCAUCGAUCCGAAGUACAGGAACAGUAUAGAUGAAUGUCAGGUGGAGGCUGUACAGCUUACAUGGCCAGGGGGAGACUACUUUGGUAAGUGAACAUGGGGUGGUCUAUACUCUCAUCUCUAUUGCCGGGGUGACCAGCUCCAUUGCAGGAGCAGCCAGUUCCAUUGCAGGGGUGACCACAUCUAUUGCAGGCAGGGUUUCUUUCAGCUAUAUCUCCGGGGGGGGGGGGCAGUGCCCCCCUCACUGGGAAAGUCAAGUGGCCCCCCGGAGGAAAAAUUUGUGCAACAANCCCCGAAAAUAUGAAGUGCUCCCCGGGGGGAAAAUUUCUGAAAGAAACACUGAUUGCAGGGGUGACCACCUCUAUAGCAGGGGUGACCACCUCUAUAGCAGGGGUGGUCAGCUCUAGUGCAGGGAUUACCAUCCCUAAUACAGGGAUACCACCUCUAUUACCACGUCAGCUAUUGCUGUCCGCGGAUGCCAGGUUUAUCGUUCUUUAUUCAACUUGCGAACAAAUGGAUCAACAACAAAAAAAAAAAAAACUAUCUGAGAGGAAGAUACAAUUACAUCAAAUACGUUUAUUCUCAUUCUCUAUUGUUAUUUGCCAUUUCAUGGUGAGCAUUAUUAAGGGUGCUGGGUGGCCGAAUGGUCUAAACUGAGCAAAUCUCAAGUUGGUGGUCUGGAGUUCAAUUCCAGCCAGAGCCCAGGGUAGAUGAGACUCGUUAACCUUGGAUCUAAGAGAAGGAAACCCUGAAAUCAAACCCGGAGCUGGAGUCCCGAAAGGCGGAGAACAUUGAUAGAAUGAAACAUUCCGGCAACUCCUGCGACGUCACUGGUGCCAAGCUGUAUCAUCCAAAUGAUGUUCCCUUGGGUUACCCAGAGGCGUGGAGAGAGGCGAUUUGCUGUUGGGAACCAGCCUAUAAUCCUUGAAGUUUAAUCCCAGGCUAUGUGGAUUUCAUCCUACGAAGCCCACUCCAUCGUCACAUUGUGACGGACGGAUGCCAGAAGAAAAAAAAAUUAUUAAGUACAGACAAACAUAAUUUGUUUCGAACAUUUACUGGGUGUUUAUUUUAAUAUAAGGUGUGAUGCCAUGCAGCUGGGAAGGGGGGGGGGCGCGUGGACGGUUUUCUUGCUCUAUUUCCUUUUGUGAUGAAGGAACGUAGAAUAAAUCUCUCAAAUAAAAUAAUAAUAAUUUGUUUCGUUGUGCGGUUCGUUACGUAUUCUCCCUAAACGAGCUUCUGCUUUUAAAAAAAAUAAAAUAUGUUGAGUCCAUUGAACAAAAAGAGCGUCUUGCGUAAUAAUAUGAGAACUUACUUCAAAUUCGACACAUAUUUUCACACUUUAUAUCAAUGUAACACUCGGUGACUAGACGUGAAAUUUUGACAGUGGCCGGUAAAAGCUGAAGAAGCAAUCGUCACUAAACUUCUUAUUUGGAUGCUAUUUUGGAUAUUUGGCGGUUACCCUUAAGACCUUUAAAAUUAAAUCAUAUUGUCCUCGGAAAUAAUCAGAGACUCGGACUCGUGUGGGGUUGAAGUUCAUUGUCAAAAGAGCCUUCUAGAAAAAGACUUUUGUAUUAUAGGUGACCGUGGCUACUGCGGGUCAGGCAGACCGGGAGAUCAAUACAUGUUGGGGAAUUUAGGAACCUUGAGCUACACUACCUGGAACGGAAUUCACAUACUUACAGCGGACGUGGACCUGCUGGUGUCGGAGAUUUUCUACAAAACAGACGGUAGGUCAACGUGACAUUGAGGAAACAUUUUUUUUAGUGUAAAAGCUCUCUAUAAUAUUAAAAACUCUAUUGGUAGUAUUCAAUGGUAAUGGUAAUACAACACAUAUUUCAAAUAACUUCCACUGACACUCAGUGUCCAAUGUUAGUGGUGUAAUUUUUUUUAUAAGAACUAAAAUUGUUAUUAAUUCCACUCAUUAUAUUUAAACGUUGUAAACGGAAGUCAAACUUUAAAUUUUUUUUCAUGCUAAACAGAACGCAAAUAUCUUUUCGCCUUUUCCUAAUUUAUGCUGAGAUAUGCCCAUUUAAUAAAUUUAAUAAUUUAUAUAUCUUAUGCAUUGCUAAUCGUUUGUUGUUGUCAAUUAAGAAUACUAUUCUUAGCGUUAUCAUUAGUUAUCAUAAGCAAUUAUUGACUAUGGUAAAUCGCAGAACGAAAAUUCACCAUAAAAUAGUAGUUAAAUACUGAAAUAGAACAUUAGGAAAUGGCGUCAGCGAGCCGUCGAGCUUUGUACCAAGCUCAUUAUGCCCUCCCCAACCCGCCCCCCCCCCCGCCCGAUAUCGGACUGCGAAGCGGCAAGUUGGAGAUUUCACUUUGUCAGGACAGACCCCGACAGCACCCACUCGAUCCGGUACCCCAGGAGGUCACCCCAGCCCACAGGAUCAGCAGACAUUUUCCCAGGAGUCGGGAUGUUAUAUUUAUGUCCGAAAAUCUUCCACCCUCCCAUCUGUCAGACGACCUCUAAUAGGGAUUUCCACAGUGGGUUUCUACCUCGCAACGUAUUCACGAAACAGCUGGGACGAAACGGUUGCCUGGGAACAGCGUCCUCAUUUUCUGUGUAAAUAGUUAAAUACAAAAACAUUCAUGUAUUUAAAAAAAAUAAAAUUGUUUUAUGUUUUAUCAGUAUGCCCCAAAGGAACAUUUGACUGUGGGAUAGACAGCUUGUGCAUAGAUGAAGAUCUGACAUGUAACGGAUACAAGGACUGUGGUAACGGCAGCUAUGAAGGGGCCGCUGUACUACUACAAUCACGCCUGGAGUUAUAGCUGCUAUCGUUGCAGGGGCAGUGUCUGCGACGAUCCUCGCAGUUAUUGCAGGCCUGCUGAUACGUAGGCACAGAGGGAGGACAUCGUACACAGAGUGCCAGUGAAGUUAUUUGAAUUCUUUUUGUUUGUUAUUGAGACCAUGUUAUGUUAGCUUGUUUGACGUUUUACUAUAACUUGUUGGGAGUCUAUUGGCGAAACAUCUUCUCGUAGUGGAUAACUAAAAUUUUAACCCCUCCCCCCCCCUUUCCUUUUCCUC